AUCACGCAGAGUGCUCACGCUCAACAAAACGAGGCACGUUUGUUUCGGUUUGUUUUCACGGUGGAGGCUGAAUGAUAGAGCACGGCUGAAGUUGAGUUAAAGUGAGGCGAUUCUGUGAAGAGUAAAGUUUAAACUGUGGACAGCUGAAGACACAGGGGUUAACAAAAUGUCUGAGUCUGUCAUCAGAUCGAAACAAGCUCAGAGAGAAGUCAAUGGAAUUUCAACAGAAGUCGUCUGUACAGAGUUCAGCAAUUACAUAUUUGUAGUUCUCACUCAGUAUGGCAAAAUUGGGACAUUGAUCUCUGUCACACCCGACUCCAGAUCUAAUGAUCUAAGCACCCCAACGUUCUCUACAAAAGUACUGCUGGGCAAAGAUGAGCCUCUGACACAUGUCUGUGCCAAAAACCUGGCAAUGUUCGUGUCGCAGGAAUCUGGCAACCGGCCUGUCUUGCUGGGACUGGCACUGAAGGAUUCCUCCAUAGAUGCAAUAAAACAAAUUAAAGAGAUGAUCAAAAGUUGUCAAGUCUGGUAGGAAGUAAUUAAAACGGACAUGAAGCCUGUAGGCGGCGUAAAAUACAGCUCGUCUGGAUACACUGUCACGUUUUAUCUCUGCAUCUCUUUUAAAAUGAAACUCCUCCAAAAAAUAAUCUGAUUAAAACAAUGGCUCCAAGGCAGAAAUGUGCAGAGCAGAUUGUCUUCCACAAAACAUAGUUUAUGAAACGCAUAAUUAACUGUUUGUUAAAAAGAAAGAUUUUCUGCAUGUUAUUUUGCUUUCAAAAACUGAAUGUGUGCUGACUAAGUGAGGGUUUGCAAAAUGAUGUCAUCACUGUAUAUUUUGGUCAUUUUUAACACUCUGGAUUAUUUUUGUCAUCAUCCUCAGAACUUUGUACUUUUGUGAAAGAAAACCUUUUAUAGAACAUAUGAUUCAUUUGUAUUUUUUCAACUGAAUUUAAAGAUGCAUAUGAGCCUGGUUAAGAUAAGAGCCUUGGUUUUGUCAAGUACAUUUUGUUAUUCAUUUGUUUCUAUAACAUCUCACUACUUGAGCUUUGAUAUCAGAACAAUAGCUGACUUUUAUAUGCAUUAAAUGUAAUUAAUAUGCUCAA